CAUGUUGAAUGUGCAUCCAGACCCAAAAGUUGAACCCAGCAAGAAAUUAGGACCAUUGUUUGUGUGUGAGAGAGAGAGGCUAAACAUUAUUACCAUGGCAAAGCUAGCAGUUUCUACUAAGUCCUUCACAACGGUACUACUACUAGCCUGCAUGUUGGUAUUUUCUGCUCAUGUUGAUGCAAGCAUAACAUGCGCUGAGGUGACAACCUUACUGACUCCAUGUAUCAGCUAUGCCAUUUUUGGUGGGACAGUCCCACAAGCUUGUUGUGAGGGAAUUAAAGCUGUCCAUGCUGGUUCCACUACCGUAGAAGAUCACAGAGCCACAUGCAGUUGCAUCAUGGAUGGUAUUUCAAGGAUCCCAGGAAUCAACUACGACUUAGUUGGAACACUACCUGAGACUUGUGGCACUACUUGUACCUACAAAAUCACACCCACCACCGACUGUUCAAAGGUGGACUAAUUCUAUUGGAUGCACUUCUAUAAGGAUGAAAAUAAAGCUCCAUGAAAGCUAGUGUCCACGUGUUUGAAGCACAAUGCUAUUGUGUUAUUAUUUAUUAAGAAAUCAUGUCAUAUUGACAUAUUGAUAUUGUAUACGGAUUGCAGAGUUUAAUACAACCAAUUGAACUUACAAAAAGUAUCAAUAUAUGUAACUUAUUUCUACGUUGCA